GGUCGUAGAUAGAACGUCUCACUCUACCGCUACGCUCGCCAUCCUUGCCUGCUCAGCCCUUCGUUCUGCUGUUGACGAAUCCCCCACCAUGUCCUCUGCUGAUGACCAGGAUGAUCUCAAGCCCAGCUUCACCCAAGGUUACAAGCCCAGUGCUGCAAAGUCGGCAGAAGAAUAUGCCAAGCUCGACGCUGAAGACGAGAGUCUUGCACGAUGGAAGGCUAGUCUCGGUAUUACCUCUGGUGCGACAAGUCGUGAUACAAGUGGACCAAAGGUCACGGUCUUGACGCUCGAGCUCAACUCGCCCACCCUUCCCCAUGGGAAGAAGCCGAUCAUCAACUAUCAAUCUUUGCGAUCCAGCAGCGUCACCAUCAAGGAGGGCGUAGAAUUCAACGUUCGCAUCACCUUCAAAGUGAACCACUCGAUCAUUUCUGGCGUCCGUUACAUUCAAGUAGUAAAACGAGCUGGUUUAAAAGUGGAGAAGAUGGAGCAAAUGCUUGGUUCUUAUGGCCCUCAUCCCAAUGGGGACCCAUACAUCAAGGACUUUGAUCCAGAGGAGUCCCCAAUGGGAAUGAUCGCUCGUUCCGGUACAUACAAUGUGAAAAGUCGAGUGGUGGAUGACGAUGGUGAAGUCUAUGCAGACUGGGAGUGGUGCUUCAGACUUGCCAAAGAGUGGUAGAUUGGGAAGAGUUGUUAGUGUAUUUUUCACUUUGUGUUUCAGCAUUAUCCUAUGGCAUUCCUCUGCAUUCCAAUCGAUCCCGCUGCAUGUACACCCCGUGUUCGUUUAUCCCCAGUCUGUACCGUUAACUCAGCCCGAGAACCUUCGACCGUGUCACUGGUAGUUGGCGACAAUUAUUGUGUUUAUUUUUUGUGAACGUGGGAGAAAGGGCAA